AUGUCUACCCAGAGCUACUACGGAUAUACCAAUACCCAAGCUUACCCUCAACAGCCUCCGUAUUCACACAAACCCCAGCACUCCCUGGGAAACAACCCGUACAGCCACGGCCAGGGAGGCUAUAUUCCACCUUAUCACGACCAAGCCGACUACUCUCGCAGCUCAAACCACAACUACUAUCGCGGCCAGAAUGAAAUGACUGGUCCUGAUGGCGAGCGAGGUCUCGGUGCAACGGUUGUCGGCGGGGGCGCUGCCGGCUGGGCUGCUCACAAGUCCGGUUCGGGGAUGCUCGGCAGUCUUGCCAGUGCUGCCGCUGGUGCCAUCGGUGCCAAUUUCCUCGAGGACAAGCUGAAGAAGCAUCGCAAUAAGAGGCACAGCAAGUGA